AUGGAUGAAGAUAUAAAACGUAUGGUGGACAACGUUUUACAAUGUCCAGCUCUACAGGUGCAAAGGAAAAUUCAGGAGUUAUUCCAAGCUAAACUACAAGGCGAAUUCGAAUUUUUGGUGCCAAUAAUUGGUUAUCUAGUAAAAAAUAAAUUACAUGAUAGGGACGAAAUGAAUGGAGAAAAUUUGGGCAAGGUUUUCUAUAAUAAAGUAAUCUACAUUCGACCACUGCAUAUUUUGGCCAUUGACGAUGAAAAUGAAUUAAUAAAUAAAGUAGAACAAUCCGAUCAAGAAUUAGCAAAUGAAACAUCAGCGUCAAAGACGUCUAUGCAAAUACAACAGGGGUCCAAUAAAAGAAACACUGAAAGCCGAAUUGUUGCCUUUUCGGAAGACUAUCUUUUGGAAUGUGAUGAUGUUAUUCGAUUUUAUGUGGUGGAUAGAUGCUUGGCAAGUAUUACUCAAUUUAAGAAUGGUCUUGACAUUUUAGACGUCUAUGCAAAUACAAAGAAAUACCCAGAAUAUUUUAUAGAGUUAAUGUGUAACACCAAGGAGGGCAUUCUAACUCUAACAAAACUUAAGAAAGAGUUUAAUAUAAUUUAUAGUGAACAGGGGUCCAAUAAAAGAAACACUGAAAGCCGAAUUGUUGCCUUUUCGGAAGACUAUCUUUUGGAAUGUGAUGAAAAUGAAGAUGAAUAUGUCUGUUCUCUAGAAGAAAUUCUUACAUUUUAUACUUGUGGUUUGGAAUUAUUCUUACCAACUAUACAUAUUGCAUACGAUAAAUUUAAGUACAAAAUGACGUACGGUAUUAUGUCCUCUUAA